UGUUUUAGUUCGUCGUGGUAUCCGGUGGAGUUUGUGUUCUUGUCGGUUUUUGUUAUGUUUUGUCGUUUAUUUUUGUUUAUUUGUCUUUUUAUAAAAGUUUAGUAAUCCACUUUGUGUAUUUUACAAACUUUUGUUUAUUGUUUGUUUGACUUUCAUAUGUUUCGUCCACCAGGAAACUAUUUAGAUAACAAAUAUGUCACCGAUGUAUCGUAAACAACCCUUAAUUUUGUGGACCAAAAUUUGAGAGAAGUGCCUUAUAGUUCCAUUUUUCCGAAGAUGUCAGGAGUAACGUUGGCCGCAGGAGCGCCCCCUGGGGGCAACGCCGACGUUGGCGACGGCGGUGGCAGGGCAUUAAAAUUGCAAACGGAUGCGCCCCAUUUAGUCAGCAUGGGUGGAGACAGACUAAGCACCUCGGUUACCUUGCACCCUAUACCGCCAGGUAGGGUGACCUUAGGUAGCGGUCCAGGGGUGGACAUCCCUGUUCAAGGAACCGGCGUGUUGCCUCUGCAUUGUCACAUCGAAAACAGCGAGGGCGUAGUUACUAUUUAUCCGUUAUCCGAGAAUCUCUCUAUAGAUGGGGUCAAGAUCAAUGAGCCUACUAGAUUAUCGCAAGGUGUUAUGAUAACGAUUGGUCGAUCGAACUACAUGCGAUUCAACCAUCCCGCCGAAGCCAAACUCAUGAAAUCUGUCCUGCCCAAUCCACGAAUCUCGAUGGCGCCGAUCACGUUCGAACCGGCCGACGUCAGCUGUCAAGUCAAGUUCAAUAAAAAACCGCCGGUGGCGCCCAGGAAGAGUCCGAGAGAGUCGCUGUCGGACAGCGGAAGUGACGAACCGCCUUCUAGCAUAAUGACGAAAGUAUCAAAAUUCGAAUAUUUAGCCGCUCAGAACCUGAAGAAAUCUUACUCUCCCAAAGUCUUCACUUCGAAUAUGCCUACAGUGAAUGUUCCAGUUAAAGACGUUCUAGGAAAGGAUAUCGAUAGCCUUAGGAAAAGCUUGCCACAAAGCGCUAUUAAUUAUGUAGAACUCCACCCUAACGAGAAACAGCAAAACAAAGUUGCAGGUCAAAGCAUAUUUUCUAAGAGCCGGCAGCCUCAAUACGUCAACGUUACAGUAAACGAAACAAAGAAUAUAAAUAAUCGAGUUAUAAUUUAUGAAAAUGGAUCAGUCUCGAAGAACCCCAACGUGAAUUUCGACCACAACGACCUAAACAAUAAGCCAGUAACGAAAAACGUAAACGUUAACAGAGUUAACUGUCCUAGUCCUAGUUUUAAUAGAAAUCCUGCCCAGUAUUACAGAAGUGUUACUCCAAAUCCAGUUUCCAAUAAUGUUAAAGUAGAACAUAGAAGAAGUGGCUCAAUGGGCGAACUACCAUUUAAUUUUGUAGAAGAUAUAGAAACGCUUACGUCGCGAAGCCAGGAAGCUGAAAUUAGACGAAAUCAGGCGCAAAGAGAUCGAAUAAAGGAACAAGAAACAGAGAGAGCAGAGAAACAAAGGCUAGAAGAAAUAUUGAACAUGUGUGCCGAAUAUGAAAAACAAUCUCAACAAACUGAAAAAAGUAAACCACCUACUCCAAACAGAAUCAUUACAAACGGUUCCUUGCCGAGAGAUAAACGACACUUAGGUCCUCCGUCACCAUUUGCAUCACCACCACCAUCCCCUUUAGAAGUUUUACAUAAUGAGCUGCUCAAGCAGAGCAAUCACAAUUACGAGAACGUUACUGUGAUGUACAAUAACUCGGAUACGAAGAAUAUCCAAUACGAAAAUGUAGUUGAAAUGCGUAGGGACGACACGAAAGGCUCAGAGAGUACAAGUCCUUAUGAAAAUGUUUAUAUACAGAAUAGUGGUGGAGGAUUUUAUCCUUCAAGUCCAAGAACGAGGAUUAAAACUUUUGUUACUGCAUCUCGGGAUAGCGGUAAUCUAAAAGAUGACGUAGAAUCCAUAGAAAGUAAGUUUGCGAUAUUGGAAACUGAAAGGAAACUCUUGAAAGAAGCCGAAAAAGUUUUAAAACAGAAUCUCCACAAUUCCAAAGAAAUUACGCAGGAAAACUUUGAUUUGCUUGAGCUGGAACCUAGAAAAGAUACCCCGACAAAGUUUAUAUAUCCCCUAGAAGAUGACUUGCUUGUUGAAAGAAACAGAAAAUCUAUAGAGAACGAGAAACCUCUGACAAACAGUAAAAUAGACGACGACACUGUUAGUUUGAAUAAUACCAAUGAUACAAAUAGUUUUACUUCACAGAAGGAUUAUAGUAAAGGAUAUUCAAAUGCUCAAAGUCCGGAAAGCAAACUAAAAAUUGAGCAUCUCAAGAAAGAAAAGAAAGAUAUUCUAACAGUGAUUUCUAGAAUUAAACGUCAAAUGGCAGAAAUUGAAACACAAGAAGAAGAACUUCAUAGAGAGAUUGAAUUAGAAAAAGCAUUAAUAAAUGGCGAAUUCAAGUCAAAGCAACUGGAAUUGGAAAAACUUGAAGCUAAGAAACAAAAAUUGCUGAAAAGAGCACAACGAAUAGAAGAAAGUAUGACGGAUUGCCAGUUAAAACAGGAAGAAGACCAAAAAGAAUGCAAAAGAAAGUUAAAAUUAGCUCAGGAAAAUAUGGCUAAAGUGGAAGAAAUGAUAAAGGCUACUGAUAAGACUAGCUCUCAGUAUGAACAGGUUUUUGAACAAUAUCUGCAUGCCCAAGAACAGCUAGAUAACGAAAGAAAGAAUUUUGAGGAUCUGGAAUUUCAUCAUCUUGAAGAAGAAGCUGAUUGGUUAGCGAGUCGAGAAGAACUGCAACGAGAAAUUGUGGAUUUAUCAAGUAAAAUUGAUCAUUUGAGAUUACAUAUUGACGAUUUGGAUAAUCAGAAACAAGCGACAUCGAAGGCGCAUUCUAAUGAGUACAAAACUAUUCAAAAGCAGAAAAUGGAAUGUAUGGUUAGAUUAGAAGAAAUUAGAAAUAGGUUAAAAAUUAUUGAAGCUGAACUUUCAUCAUGCUCAAGCCAAGAGUCCGACGAAGAAGCGUCAAGUGACAGCGAAAGUAGUGAUAAAGUGAAAGACGUUGACAGCGACCAGUCCAAUUCUCCUUUGUACAAAAUAACUGACUUAAGUUGUUCACUGAUAGUUGCUAAUAAUAAAAUUCAUAAAGAACAAGAAUACAACAUGUCACAAUCAUUUAAUGAGAAGCUUUUACAAGAGAAAUGUAUUUUAGAUGACGUGGUUGCCAAAAAGUUUCCCAGUCAAGAUGAUAUUGUUAGAAUAAGUAAAGUCACUUCUGACGCACCUAUCAUUGAAGAGGGUCACGGAUCAUUGGGUAGAAAAACUAUAGAAAGCCUCAAAGAAAUUGAAAGAAACAGACAUUUACAUCUAUGUCAACAAGGUUCGCAAGUUAUUGAGCAAGAAAGAAAAAGGGUAUUGGCAUUGAAACAGAAGGUACAAGAAGAAGCGAAAUCAGAAUGGGAACAACAAAGACAGGACUCAGUUAUAUCAUCGGGCUCCGAUGGGCUUCGAAGCAGUGGACCUAGUAUUGACGAUAAAUCAGACUCUAAGGCACUGAGCGAAGAUGAAAAUCGGAAGUCGAAUCAAGACGAAUCUGAAAGUUCUCCCCGACCAUUGUCCGAAGUCAGCGAGAUGAGCUUAGAAGUCGGAGGAACACUGAGCAAAAAAAGGAACAGGCCAACUGACAAGCAACGUCCUCUCACCAGGUAUCUGCCAAUUAGAAGCGCAGACUUGGAUCUCAGACAUCACAUCGAAACUGCAGAGCAAAUUUACAAAAUGUCGCUUUGGAUUACUUACGUUAGAUCUGGUUGCAAAAAGAGCAUUCACAAUAGUUCCAAUCAUGUCAAGAGGAGACAUCGUCUUUCAGUUAGUUCGAAUCAAGACGAAUCUGAAAGUUCUCCCCGACCAUUGUCCGAAGUCAGCGAGAUGAGCUUAGAAGUCGGAGGAACACUGAGCAAAAAAAGGAACAGGCCAACUGACAAACAACGUCCUCUCACCAGGUAUCUGCCAAUUAGAAGCGCAGACUUGGAUCUCAGACAUCACAUCGAAACUGCAGGACAUCAAGUAGUACUGUGUCCACAUGUCAACAUUAAUUCCUAUAGUUGUCGUGGUUUUCUUCACAAAAGAGGAUCUAAACUGAACGGAUGGUCUCGAAGAUGGUUUGUCUUUGAUCGGAAUAAGCAUACUUUUACAUAUUAUGCAGAUAAAACGGAGAAAAAGCCUAGAGGAGGUGCAUAUUUUCAGGCUAUUGAAGAAGUGUAUCUGGACCAUUUAAACAACGUCAAGUCUCCAAACCCACAAUUAACAUUUAUUGUAAAGACCCACGAAAGGCUGUACUAUCUCAUGGCACCAUCGCCAGAAGCUAUGAGAAUUUGGGUGGAUGUCAUUUUCACCGGCGCCGAAGGUUACAGGGAAUUUGAACACGGUACCUGACUUCAGAGAUUUCAAGGAGGUAUAAUUUACCUCAUAAUUGGUUUCAAAAAACGUUGUUCUUGAGGCAACAUUUUUUUUAUUUGGACUAUUUAUACAAAUCAGAACAAGAUCUAUUUUUAUAUUUGAAAUGGACCUAUUUUUCGACUUUUGCUGUAUAUAUCUACUUUUAACUGAACAUAGUUAUUUUAACUUAUGUGAUACUGUAUGUUAUCGAAAAUUUAGUUGUCUAGGAUUCAUUUUAUGCACUCAUAUUUACCAGUCGACGAAUUUUAUGAAACUUAUUUAGCUCACAAUAAAUGUAAGUAUUUUUAUGAAAUGCACCUGGUAAUCAAAUCAUUCUUUUAUUUAAAAUAUAAAUUAAGUAUUUAUGUUUUUUAUUUGUGGGCAUGUAAUUAAGGUUAAAUUAAAUUGGUGCCUUUAUAUAGAGACUGGAUUUUUUAAAUCUGUAUUAUGACGUAGAUAGUUAAAAUAACACAAAAAUUGUGAUUAUAUCACAAGAAUAUUUUAUAUCAUAAAUGUGUGUUGAAAUAAAACCAGUAUUUAUAU